UCUGGUUGUGUGGAUCAUUCUGACUUCUGCAUAAUACACAUGAGCCUGAUAGAUCGUGUAUUCCACCAUAUAGAUCUCUUUGCUGUCGAAUCCUCUUCGCUGGACAUUGUCAGCACUCUAUACGCCUCGUACUCCUCAUUAGCAUAUAUAGCCGUUUAGAAUAUCCGUCCCAAGCAAACACGAUAUACAUCCAACACUGCUUUCUCCCAACGGUAUUCUGAUCUCGCCCGACCAACCAUGGCUCCCAGCGCAGUAGGCAACGGCCACGGCACCGCCCACAAACAACGCACUCCUCUCCGUGCCGGCAUCUAUUCACCUACAAUGACAUUCUUCGACCCCAAGACCGAAGAUCUCGACAUCCCCACCAUCAAACGACACGCUGUACGUCUUGCUGAAGCCGGCCUCGUCGGCCUCGUUGUCAUGGGCUCCAACGGUGAAGCCGUCCACCUCUCCCUCGCCGAGAAACAGCUCGUCACGCGUGCAACCCGUGACGCCCUCGACGAGGCCGGCCACACGGAUGUGCCAGUCAUCGUCGGCGCCAGCGAGAACAGCAUCCGCGGCACGGUCGCGCUAUGCACCGAGCUGGCGGAUGCGGGUGGCGAGUAUGCGCUGCUUGUACCGCCGAGCUACUACCGGUAUGCGAUGGACGAAGAGGCGAUUUACGAAUAUUUCAUGGGGGUGGCGGAUGCAAGCCCCGUGCCGGUGAUACUGUACAAUUACCCGGGAGCCGUGGCGGGGAUUGAUAUGGACUCGGACUUAAUGAUCCGGCUUGCGGCGCAUCCGAACAUUGUCGGGACCAAGUUUACGUGUGGUAAUACGGGCAAGCUGACGCGCGUGGCGCUGGCAACGGAUGCGGUGACGCCGAAUACAGUGGGCAGUAGGUAUAUGGCGUUUGGCGGCAUGGCGGAUUUCACGGCGCAGACGGCGGUCAGUGGUGGAAGCGGGAUUAUUGCUGGGGGUGCAAAUGUAUUGCCGAAGACGUGUGUCAAGGUGUGGGAGCUGUGUCGUGAUGGGAAGUAUGAGGAGGCGUUUGCGCUGCAGAAGGUGUUGAGUAAGGGUGACUGGGUAUUGACCAAGGCGGCCAUUCCGGGGACCAAGAGUGCGAUUGAAAGCUACUAUGGGUAUGGUGGGUAUCCGAGGAAGCCGUUGAAGAGACUAGGAAAAGAUGGAGUCGAGAAGGUCAGGAAGGGGAUUGAGGAGGUUAUGAAGGUUGAGAUGAGCUUGUAGAUACCUUACCCGGGUGGUUUGUUACUUGUUGGUUACUCUCAUUUUGUUUGAUACGUAUAUCCUAGAAAUGCUUCAUCAGGCACAGUAUGGUCGCAGUCAGGAUCUGAUCUAUAGCAUGUUUGAAACGAUACUCUAGGUUUAGUUUCAAUCUGAAAAUUUCGUG